AUGGGAGUGAAGAAUGAAGAGGUGCACAAGAGUGCGUCUGGAUGGACUCCAGUUUAUGCUGAUGAGAAUUUAGCUGUGAUGAGUGCUGGAUUUUUGCUCGCUCAUGAUGCAGCGCUUGUUUGGGGCGGCGCUAGAAAAAAUGGUCUCUUGAAAAACUUUCUCAAAGAAGUUGAAUGGGGAAGCUUGGACUAUUUGUUGAUUGACUCCCCUCCUGGAACUUCGGACGAGCACAUGUCGAUCACUUCCUUAUUGAAAGACGCAGGAAUUACCGGAGCAGUUCUAGUCACUACUCCCUCGAAAGUUGCUCUGAUUGAUGUUCAAAGACAGCUAGCAUUUUGUAGAAAAGUCGAUUUGAAAAUAAUCGGGUUAAUCGAAAAUAUGGCCGGGUUCGUUUGUCCCAAGUGCACGAAAGAGAGCGAAAUUUUCCGAAAAUCAGCGGGCGGCGUCGAGGAGUUCUGCCGAAACAAUGAUGUUCCUUAUCUGGGUGCAUUACCGAUUGAUCCUAAAAUCUGCCAAGCAAUGGACACGGGUGAAAAUCCGGUUGAAAUCGAUUCGCCCGCGAUCAAAAAAUUGAACGAAAUCUCUUUACAGGGACCCUUCUUACACAAAAUGGAAGGGGCUCGAAGGCGUCAAAGCGCCUUUCAGGCCAGCUCGAAUCGUCGGCAGUCACUCACGACUAUGAAUCUACAAAAAUACCAAGAAUCCCUGAAGGAACGCACCGCAAAGUUCAAAGCUGAACGAGAGGAGCGUAAAGGGGCAAUUGGACCCGUGCAUAAGCGAAUUUGUGACUACUUGGCUCACCAUGUCAUGUACAUCACUCCUGAGGAUGCCGAAGAGCACAUCAUCGACUCUCAGAAGCAAAUGGAUCUGAUCGAGGACUUCAUGAAAAAGGGUGGCAAGCGCACUUUGCUCGUCUACGUUCAAAUGUGCGAACCACCAGCAUUGGAGACCGGUCGAAGUGGUCAGCAGAAAGAACCCUCGGUUAGAGCGUUCGUCACAGAUUGCAAAGACGCUCCUUGCACUGGAAAGAUCGUCUUUUUCCACAAAAAAGAUGUUGCCCUAAACGCCCGAAACUGCGCCGACGAAAUGACGAUGCAAUUUAUCGAUCUGGCCCAAUAUUCUGGAGCUGUGCUUCCAGCUCUGCGUGAACACAUGCAAAAAUGUCUGAUCCCAUCUAUUGAACAGUAUGAAAACUGGGGACCUCUCAAAGCUAACAAGCAAGGACUCCAGCAAAUCGACGCUUUCCGUCGAACACUCAGAAACUUCGAAAAUUACCUGGCCUCCGCUCAAAAUAAUAUCGAAGGCGCCGUCACUUUGAAAACGUCCGCCAACGAAGCUGUCAACAACAUCGACGAAUUCAAAGUAGAAGAACUCGCCAAGGACGCAGACUUUGUCAAGGAAGUCGAAGUUAUUGUUCUUGAAUGGAGCCACCAGAUUGAACAGGUCUUGGCAGAAUCGUCUCAAAUGCGAAAAGAAGCUGACGAUAUCGGUCCACUGGCUGAGCUUGAACACUGGCAGUACCUUACUGCACGCUUCAACUCCUUCCUCGAGCAGCUCAAGCAAGCACGAUGCAAGAACGCCAUUGCCGUUCUCGUCUUUGCCAAGUCCAAAGUCCUCAACAGCUGGAAACAGAUUGACAUGCAGAUCACCGAUCACGCCAACGAAGCAACCGAUAACGUCCGCUACCUCAGCUCGCUCGAAGCCGCCUGCGAGCCCCUCUACGGCUCCGAUCCAACUGGCAUGAUCGAGCACAUUCCUAACCUCAUCAAAGUCAUCUCAAACAUCUACCAGAUCUCUCGCUACUACAACACUUCUCAGCGAAUGACCUCCAUCCUCAUCAAAGUCACCAACCAAAUGGUAACCGCCUGUAACAAGUACAUCACCGACUCCGGUAAACUCACUGUCUGGGAGCAAGACGUCGACGUCGUCCAGCGAAAGAUUAAAGAAUGCAUCCUCCUCCACGACAAAUAUAUCGAGCAUUACGAAGCUGAACAGCUCCGUCUCAAAAACGCCGCCAACGAUGGCCGAAUUGACCCGACCAAGCAGUUCGACUUCUCCGAAAUCUACAUCUUCGGCAAGUUCGAAAACUUUGUCAAGCGAGUGACCAGCAUCAAGAACCUCCUUGAAACUAUUGAAGGCUACCGUGGCAUCGCCAAAUGCCACAUCGACGGAAUCGACUCAAUCAACGCUUCUUUCAACGGUAUUGUCGCCACCAUCCGUAAGAAGCGAUACGACGUUCUUGAUCACCGAAAGACUGAGUUCAACACCGACUAUAAAAACUUCCGCAACGACAUGGACAAGCUUGAACAACAGCUUAUCAACUUCAUGGACUCUACUUUUGACAAGCUCAACACAAUCGAGCAAUUUGAAGCCAUGAUGGACCGAUUCCGCAAGCUUGACUUCCCAUGCCUGCGCGAUGAGCUUCCAGCGAAAUACGAGAUUUACGCUCAGCUUUACAAGGAGCGUCUUGAAUCCAUUCAGCGAGAGUACAACGAUCGACGAGUAUCUGAUACUUGGCACAUUCCCCAAGAUUGGCCAAAGACCCCCGGUAUCGUCCGUCAAAUGGAAUUCUUCCUCUUCCGAAUCACCCAGCCAAUGCAAGUCAUCCAAGCUAAUGCGCCUCACCUGAUCAAGAGCAACAACAAAAAAUACAAGAACUUCGCGAACUUGAUCUCAAUGCACAACAAGCUCGGAGAAAUUUGCGUUGAAUGGGCUCGAAUGAACUACCUCAAGUGGGCUGAAACUGUCGAUCACGAUGUACGAGUCGCUCUUCACGCACCUAUCCUCUUCCGUGAUCAAAAAGGCAACUACUGGGUUAACUUUGACCCGAAGCUCGAUCAAAUCCACCGAGAAGCAAAGUACUUCAAGCGCAUUGGCGAGCAGUACAACUGUACUGAUUCCUAUCCGUUGACUAAAGGAGCAGAAGACAUGCUUCGACGAUAUGCCGCUAUUCGAACAGUUAAGAUUAAUGCUGAGGAUCUUAUUCGUCGAUAUACCCACGAAACCGGCCGAAUCCCACGAAUCUUCCAGUCCGUUCUCGACAAGCAUCUUCGACGAGUCAGAAGCGCCAUGAACCGAGGUCUCCUAGAUGUCACCUGGUCCUCACUUAUCCAGGAGCGGUUCUUUAAAAAAUGUAAUGACGAGCUCGAUAAUCUCAGCAAGAUUAUCAGCGAAACUUUGGAUAUUAAAAACGAGCGAAUCGACACGGUUUUCGCUGAGAUCUCAUCUUUUGAUCUCAUCGAAAUCGACGAAGAUGCAACUUUUGAGCCUGCUGAAUUCCUGAACGAGGUUCAAAAGCAAGCAGCUGCUGGUGGAGUUGAGCUUGAAAAGCUUUCUCAGCGAGUUGAAGAUGCUGUUUACAAUCUUAUCAAGGCUUUCGCCCAUUAUGAAGAUGAUGUUCCCGAAGACUUCGAUAUGGACAUUCGAGAGAAGAUUUCGGUCGCUGGUAGCUCUUCUUUCUGCUUGACCAAGCCAAACGAAGUUCCCGCUGAUGAAAAGGGAGAGAAAGACUUCCCUCAGCAGUGUCUGGAUAUUUUGACUUACUUCCGAAACCGAUGUAUCGAACGAGUGGUGACUUGCCUCAAGAAUGCACUCGAGCUUAUUAAAAAGCGAAUUGUGCCUCCAAAAUCCAAGACUGUCACUCCAAUUCUUCGAAUCGACAUUAACCUCGCUAUCCCUAACAUCGUCCUCUCUCCACCACUCGACGAACUCCAGCAAACGCUAAACAAAGCGACAAAAGCUAUUGUUGAUGCUUCCACCUCCAUCAAAGCCUGGAAUCAGCAUCGAGUUCAAUCUUGUUUGGUUGAAAACGAGCAGGGCGUCCAGGAAACUCAAAUUGUCCCGAUCAGCCCAGAUAACCUUGACAACUGGUAUACUAGCAUUCGAAACAGCAAAGAUAUCGUAAAGAAUGUCGUUGUUGUCAAUGGCGCGGUCAACUCUUUCCGAGAAUCUACUGCAGCCAUCCUCAAGAGUUUUAACGUGUACCAACAUCUUUGGGAAGGUGAUCAGAAGGAAAUCAUCCAAGCUUUCAUUGAAGGCGAAGACGGCGUGAAGCCGACUCUUUCCGAUUACAAGGCUGAGAUCAACAAAUACGUUGAAAUUCUCGAAAAUAUCGACAAUAUCGACCAAGAAUUUAUUCUGAAUUCGAUUGCCUUGAACGCUGCUAAUGUCAAACUUGCAUUCUCUGUCGAAGCCAAAAAUUGGAAGUUCGAACUUUGCAAGUACAUGCACAGCGAAUACAGAAACAUGAUGAACGAGACUUUCAACUUUGUCGAUGAAGUCGCCAAGAAACUCACCCGACCCAUUCAAGAUCUUGAAGAUGUUCGAUACGCUAUGGACUCACUCAAGGAAAUCCGUGAUAACUUCACAAUGACAGAGGCGUCUAUUCCACCGAUUGAAGAAGCUUUCGCCCUUCUUACCCGAUUCGAGUACCAAGUUGAUCAAGAAGAGAUUAAUAGAUGCGAUUCCAUCCGAUACGCAUGGAAGAAAUGCCGAAACCAGUCUGAAAAAGUCCAGAGCGAACUUGAAAUUAUUCAGCCGAAGUUUCUUCUCAAUCUCCAGGAGAACGUCGAAAUCUUCAAGGAAGAUAUGGAUAACUAUGAAAACGACUACACUGAAAGCGGACCUAUGGCUGAAGGAAUCACUCCUGAUGUUGCUUCUGAGCGACUUGCCAUGUUCCAGUCCAAGUUCGACACGAUUUACCGACGAUACGACACCUACAACUCUGGUGAGCAGCUCUUUGGUCUCGCUCAGACCGAGUACCCGGCCAUUCACGUCAUCAAAAAGGAGCUUGGCCUCCUUCAGAAGCUCUACGGCCUCUACAACGCUGUCAUGGAUUCUAUCGACGGUUACUACGAUCUUCUGUGGGUUGAUGUUGAUACUGAAGCUAUAAACGCUCAGCUCUUGGACUUCCAGAAUCGAUGCAGAAAGCUUCCAAAGGCUCUCAAGGAAUGGCAGGCGUUUAACGAUCUCUCCAAGAGAAUUGCCGAUUUCUCCGAAUGUUGUCCUCUGCUCGAGCUUAUGUCUAACAAAGCUAUGAAACAGCGACAUUGGGAUCGAAUCGAAGCUCAGACCAAUCACAAGUUCGACAUUCAUAACGAGAACUUCUCCCUUCGACAUGUCAUGGCUGCUCCUCUUCUCGAAAAUAAGGAUGAUUUGGAAGAUAUUUGCAUCUCAUCUGUUAAAGAAAACGAGAUUGAAGCCAAGCUCAAUCAGGUCAUCGCCGAAUGGAGCGCGCACGAGUUCGAAUUCACUAUGUUCAAGACAAGAGGCGAACUUCUCCUCACUGGUGGUCACACGACCGAUAUUGUCACAUUCAUGGAAGAUUCUCUCAUGAUCCUCUCCUCUUUGAUGUCCAACAGAUACAACGCUCCUUUCAAACCCCUUAUCCAGCAGUGGGUUUCAAAACUCUCUAACUCGAAUGAAAUCAUCGAGUCCUGGCUUAUUGUCCAGAACUUGUGGGUCUACCUCGAAGCUGUCUUUGUUGGUGGUGAUAUCGCCAAGCAGCUGCCCGAUGCCGCGAAGAGAUUUGCGAACAUUGACAAGUCCUGGGUGAAGAUCAUGGCUCGUGCCAAAGAAAUGCCGAACGUUGUUCAGUGCUGUGUUGGAAACGAUUACAUGUCUCAGCUUCUUCCUCAUUUGAGUGAGCAGCUUGAAUGCUGUCAGAAAUCUCUUACUGGUUAUCUCGAAGCCAAACGACUUAUCUUCCCUCGAUUCUUCUUCAUUUCCGAUCCUGCUCUUUUGGAAAUUCUUGGUCAAGCCUCCGACUCCCACACCAUCCAAGCUCACUUGCUCGGUAUUUUCGAAAACGUUGCCUCUGUCGAAUUUAACGAAAAAGACUACAACAGAAUCGAUGCUGUCCUCUCCCGAGAAGGCGAAAAAGUUCCUCUUGACGAGCCUGUCAUGGCUGUCGGAAAUGUUGAAGAUUGGAUUGGUAAACUGUUGGUCCUCCAGCAGCAGUCCCUCCAUUCGGUCAUUCGAUAUGCUGCGAAUGACAUCAUGGAACCAGAUACUUUCGAGCUCCUCUCUUUCAUCGACAAGUACCCUGCACAGGUCGGCCUUCUUGGUAUUCAGAUGAUCUGGACCAAGGAUGCUGAAGAGGCUUUGAACAACGCCCGAUUCGACAAGAAAAUCAUGAGCGUUACCAACCAGCGAUUCCUCGAUUUGCUCACUAAGCUCAUCGACCAGACAACACACGAUCUUUCCAAGUUCGAUAGAAUUAAGUACGAAACGCUCGUUACCAUUCACGUCCAUCAGCGUGAUAUCUUCAAUCAGCUCACUCAAUGGCACAUCAAGACUCCGCUCGAUUUCGAAUGGCUCAAGCAGGCUCGAUUCUACUUCGAUCCUGAAGCUCACAACGGAAAAGGAAAGUGUCUUGUUUCCAUCACUGACGUCGACUUCGAAUACCAGAACGAGUUCCUCGGUUGUACUGAUCGUCUCGUCAUUACGCCACUUACCGAUAGAUGUUACAUUACCCUCGCUCAGGCUCUUGGUAUGGCUCUCGGUGGCGCUCCAGCUGGUCCUGCCGGUACUGGUAAAACUGAAACCACCAAGGAUAUGGCGAAAGCUCUUGGAAAGUACUGUGUCGUCUUCAACUGUUCCGAUCAGAUGGAUUUCCGAGGUCUUGGAAGAAUUUACAAGGGUCUUGCCCAGUCCGGUUCAUGGGGUUGCUUCGAUGAGUUUAACCGUAUCGAGCUUCCUGUCCUUUCCGUCGCUGCCCAACAAAUUUACAUCGUCUUGCAGGCUAAGAAACAUCGCAGCCGAAUGUUCAUCUUCACUGAUGGUGAUGAAGUGAGCAUGAACCCCGAGUUCGGUCUCUUCAUUACUAUGAACCCCGGUUACGCUGGUCGACAGGAGUUGCCAGAAAACUUGAAGGUCCAGUUCCGAUCUGUUGCUAUGAUGGUUCCCGAUCGACAAAUUAUUAAACGAGUCAAGCUUGCCUCCUGCGGUUUCAACACCAACGAAAUUCUCGCCCGAAAGUUCUUCGUCUUGUACAAGCUCUGUGAAGAACAGCUUACCAAACAGGUCCACUAUGAUUUCGGUCUCCGAAAUAUUUUGUCCGUCUUGCGAACACUCGGUGCUGAAAAGCGAAAGAAUCCUGAAGAUACUGAAGAACGAAUCGUCUUGCGAGUCUUGCGAGACAUGAACUUGUCUAAGUUCGUCGAUGAAGAUGUGCCUCUUUUCCUUUCGCUCAUCAGUGAUUUGUUCCCUGGAAUUCAACUCGGCUCUGCCUCUCAUGACGAACUUCAGGCUCUUAUCCAACAGAACGUUGAGAAAGCUGGCGAUAUCGUCAACCACCCAUCUUGGAAUCUGAAGGUCAUCCAGCUUUACGAGACUCAGCUUGUCCGUCACGGUAUUAUGACUCUCGGACCUACUGGUACUGGUAAAACUCGUGCUAUUCGAACUCUCAUGGGCGCCUUUACCGAUCAAGGCCGACCUCACCGAGAAUUGAAGAUGAAUCCUAAGGCUAUCACAGCUCCUCAAAUGUUUGGUCGACUCGAUGUUGCCACCAACGAUUGGACUGAUGGUAUCUUCUCCACGCUUUGGCGUCGAUCUCAUCGAACCAAGAAAGGUGAAUUCGUUUGGAUUAUUCUUGACGGUCCCGUCGAUGCUAUCUGGAUUGAGAACUUGAACUCUGUCCUUGAUGAUAACAAAACACUCACCCUCGCUAAUGGUGAUCGUUUGGUCAUGGCUCCAUGCGCCAAGCUUGUUUUCGAAGUCCACAAUAUCGACAACGCCUCUCCAGCUACUGUCUCUCGAAUGGGUAUGAUUUUCUUGUCAAGUUCUGCUCUUGACUGGACACCUAUCCUCGACGGUUGGCUCAACACUCGAAAGGCAACAGAAUCCGGUAUCCUUCGAGACCUUUUCCACCGAGAAAAUGUCUUUACUGAUCUGUUGACGCAAGUCUACCAAGUCUACGAGCCAAAGAUGAAGCUGUACGAGUGUAACUACAUCGUCCAAGCCACAAAUGUUCUUUCUGGUCUUAUCCCAGAGAAGGAAGACAAAUCCACGUUGUCUGCCACUAUUCUUGAGCGACUUUUCAUCUUCGCUCUUAUGUGGUCUAUUGGCUCCGUACUUGAAUUGGAAGACCGAGCGAAAAUGGAAGCUUUCCUCAAGUCCCAUCCAUCAAAACUUGAUCUACCAAAGAUUCCAGGUGAUACCAACUAUACCAUCUUCGAAUACGUAUGCAAUAUCGAAACCGGUGAAUGGGAACAUUGGAACGAUCGUGUCCUCGCAUACGAUUACCCAACCAGUCCUGAUGAAGAUCUCCCAGACUACUCUGGAAUCCUCAUUCCGAACGUCGAUAAUACGAGAACAAAUUUCCUCAUAGAUAUCAUCGCUUCCCAGGGCAAGUCUGUUCUCCUUAUUGGUGAACAGGGUACUGGUAAAACCGUCAUGGUCCAAGGUUACUGUAAAAAGUACGACCCAGAAGUGCACGUUUUCAAGUCUUUCAACUUCUCCAGCGCUACCGAACCACACAUGUUCCAGAACACUAUCGAGUCCCUUGUCGACAAGCGAGUUGGUACUACCUACGGACCCCCUGGUGGGCGUAAGAUGACUGUUUUCAUUGAUGACGUAAACAUGCCUGUUGUUAACGAGUGGGGUGAUCAGAUCACUAACGAAAUUGUCCGACAGAUGAUGGAACAGAACGGUAUGUUCUCACUCAUCAAACCUGGUGAUUUCACCAAUAUCGUCGAUAUCCAGUUUAUCGCUGCUAUGAUUCACCCUGGUGGCGGACGAAAUGACAUUCCUGAACGAUUGAAAUCCCAGUUCGUCAUCUUCAACUGCACCCUUCCCGCUGAUAACUCGAUUGAUCAUAUCUUCCGAACCAUCGCUACAUCUUACUUCUCGACUGAACGAGGCUUCUCGCCAGAUGUUCACGACAUUGUCGCCAAACUCGUCCCUACAACUCGACUCCUUUGGCAACAGACCAAGGGUAAAAUGUUGCCAACACCCGCGAAAUUCCACUACGUCUUCAACUUGCGAGAUUUGUCUCGAAUCUGGCAGACCGUUCUCAACGUCACUCACGAAGAAUGCAAUUCUGUCGAGAGUGUUGUUGCUCUGUGGAAACACGAAUGUACCCGUGUCAUUGCUGAUCGAUUCACUUGUCUCGAAGACAAGGCUUGGUUCGAAAAUGCCAUCAACGAUACCCUCAAAACUGUCAUUCCUGAAGACGUCGUCAUUCGAGAAGAACCUUUCUUCGUCGAUUUCCUCCGAGAAGCUCCUGAGCCAACUGGUGAAGAAGGCGAUGAUGCUGACCUUGACGCGCCAAAGAUCUACGAAGAAGUUCCAAGUUUGGACUUUCUCUUGGAAAAGCUCCACGAGUACAUGCGAAACUACAACGAAAACGUCCGAGGUGCCAAUAUGGAUCUUGUAUUCUUCAAGGAUGCUAUGGUUCACUUGGUCAAAAUCUCACGUAUUAUUCGAACUCCACAGGGUAAUGCUCUCCUUGUUGGUGUUGGUGGUUCUGGUAAACAGUCGCUUACCAAACUCGCUUCCUUCAUCGCUGGAUACAAAGUCUUCCAGAUCACCCUCACAAGAUCUUACAAUGUUACCAACUUGAUGGAAGAUCUCAAGGUUCUCUACCGAGAUGCUGGUCAAAAGGGUCAGGGAUGGACUUUCAUCCUUACCGAUAACGAAAUCAAGGACGAAGGCUUUUUGGAACCAAUGAAUAACCUCAUUUCUUCUGGUGAGAUCUCUGGUCUUUUCGCUAGAGAUGAAAUCGACGAGAUCUGUGGUGAGCUCAUCGCUGUUAUGAAAAAAGUUUCGCCAAAAACUCCACCAACUCAAGAUAAUCUGUACGAAUUCUUCGUCUCUCGAGCAAGAGCAAAUCUUCACGUUGUUCUCUGCUUCUCCCCCGUCGGUGAAAAGUUCCAAGCUCGAUCUCUCAAAUUCCCUGGUUUGUUCUCCGGCUGUACUAUGGAUUGGUUCACUCGAUGGCCUAAAGAUGCCCUCGUCGCUGUGUCCAGCCAUUUCUUGGGUAAUUUCGACAUCAAAUGUACCGAUGAAGUAAAACAACAGCUUAUUCAAACUAUGGGUUCUGUUCACGAUUGUGUUCAAGAGUGCUGCCUUGAAUAUUUUGAUCGAUUCCGAAGAACGACUCACGUCACCCCGAAAUCCUACCUAUCCUUCUUGGAAGGUUACACAAAGAUUUACAAGGCUAACCUUGAAAAUCUCGAACAUCUUGCUUAUCGAAUGGGUACUGGUUUGGACAAACUUGUUGAAGCUGGUGCUUCCGUCGAUCAGCUCUCCAAAGAACUUGAAGUCAAGAAAGUCGAUCUCGAAGUUGCUUCUAUCAAAACAAACAAGGUCCUUGAGGAAGUCGCCGUCGCGUCUGCCUCUGCUAACAAAGUCAAAGAAGCUGUCAUGGUCGUCAAAGAACGAGCUCAGAAAAUCGUCGACUCCAUUCAGGCAGAAGAAGCCGUUGCAAACGAAAAACUUGCUGCUGCUGAGCCUGCUUUGAAGGCUGCCGAAGAUGCCCUCAACACCAUCAAAGCUGCUGAUAUUGCCACGGUCCGAAAACUGGGUAAACCUCCACAUCUGAUUAUGAGAGUCAUGGACUGCAUUCUCAUCCUCUUUGGAAAUAGACUCAACCCAUGCGUACAGGAUCCUGAGAAGGAUUGCCCCACACCAUCAUGGGGUGAGUCUCUCAAGAUGAUGUCUCAGUCUUCUUUCCUCUCUAACUUGCUGAAUUACAACAAAGAUACCAUCACUGACGAAAUGAUUGAAAUGCUCGAGCCUUACUUCCGAAUGGAAGAUUUCACUCUCGAAUCAGCGAUGAAGGUCUCAGGAUCUGUCGCCGGUCUCCUUUCUUGGGCUAAAGCUAUGGCCUCCUUCUACUCCGUCAACAAGGAAGUCAUUCCUUUGAAAAUGAAUCUCGCUGCUGCUAAGGCUCGUCUUACCAUCGCCCAGAAGGAACUUGACGCUGCUCAGGCUGAGCUUGACGCAAAGGAAGAAGAAGCUGCCAUUGUACAGGCCAAGUUCGAUGCCGCUAUGGCAGAGAAACAAGCUCUCGAAGACGAUGCUGCUUCUUGUAUGAGACGUAUGUCUGCUGCUACAGCGCUUAUCGAGGGUCUCUCCGGAGAAAAGAUUCGAUGGACAGCUGCUUCUAAAUCUUUCCAAGACCAAAUCAACAGACUUGUUGGUGACGUCCUUCUCGCCACUGGUUUCUUGUCUUACACUGGUCCAUUUAACCAGGAAUUCCGACAGCUUCUUAUUGACAAUAGAUGGAGAGUUGAAAUGGAAGAGCGAGGAAUCCCCUUCACGGAAGACCUCAACAUUACUGAUUUCCUCAUUGAUCAGACUACUGUCGGCGAGUGGGCCCUUCAAGGCCUCCCAUCUGAUGAUCUCUCCGUCCAAAAUGGUUUGAUUGUCACCAAGGCGUCCCGAUAUCCUCUUCUCAUUGAUCCUCAGCUCCAGGGUAAAUCAUGGAUUAAAAACCGGGAGAAGAAGAAUGACCUGAUGGUUACAAACUUGGAGAACAAAUACUUCCGAACCCAUCUCGAAGAUGCUCUCUCCAUUGGUCGACCUCUUUUGAUCGAAGAUGUUGGUGAAGCACUGGAUCCCGCUCUUGAUAACGUCCUUGAGAAGAACUUCAUUAAGAGUGGUUCCCGUUACAAAGUCAAGGUAGGUGACAAAGAAUGCGACGUCAUGGAUGGCUUCGUUCUCUACAUCACCACCAAACUUCCUAACCCCAAGUACACUCCCGAAGUUUCUGCUCGAACAUCCAUCAUUGAUUUCACUGUCACAUCAAAGGGUCUUGAAGACCAGCUUCUUGGACGUGUAAUUCUCACAGAAAAGGCGGAACUCGAAGCUGAACGAGUCCGAUUGAUGGAAGAAGUCAACGCUAACAAGAAAACAAUGAAGCAACUUGAAGAUAACCUCCUGAUGAAGCUUACCUCUACCAAGGGUUCUCUUGUCGACGACGAAUCUCUGAUUAUUAUGUUGAACACAACCAAGAAAACCGCUGGCGAGGUCUCUGAAAAGCUUCAGAUUGCCCACGACACCAACAUCAAGAUUAACAUUGCUCGAGAAGAGUUCCGACCUGUCGCUACUCGAGGUUCGAUUCUCUAUUUCUUGAUCACCAAGAUGCAGGAUGUCAACGUUAUGUAUCAGACAUCUCUCUACCAGUUCUUGGAAAUCUUUGAUAACUCCAUGCAUCGAUCUACCAAGUCGCCAGUUAAUCAGAAGCGAAUCGCCAAUAUCAUUGAGUACUUGACGUUCGCUGUCCAUGAGUACACUGCGCGAUCACUCUACGAGGAACACAAGCUUCUCUUCGUCCUCCUCAUGACUCUUCAAAUUGAUCUGCAGAGAGAAAACAUCAAGUUCACUGAGUUCCAGACCUUCAUCAAGGGUGGUGCUGCUUUGGACAUGGCUUCUGCACCAACCAAGCCUCCAUCUCUCAAGUGGAUUCAGGAUAUGAACUGGCUCAACUUAGUUCAACUCAAGCAACUUCCUGAAUUCCGAGAAAUUCUCAACCAGAUCAUCCGAAACGACAAGGCCUGGAAGCAGUGGUGGGAUACUGACGCCCCAGAAGAUGAAAUCAUCCCUGAUGGGUACAACGCCUCCCUCGACACCUUCCGAAAGCUUCUCCUCAUUCGAUCAAUGUGUCUCGAUCGAUCUAUGCCUCAAGCUCUCCGAUACAUUUCUGACUCUCUUGGAGCACGAUACGCCGAUCCAGUCAUUUUGAACUUGGAAACUAUGUUGGCUGAAAGUACCAUCCGUGUUCCUAUGGUCUGUCUGCUUUCUAUGGGUUCCGAUCCUACAAACCAGAUUUGCGAUUUGGCGCGAAAGAUGAACCUCGAAUGCCGAUGUAUCUCCAUGGGUCAGGGACAAGAAAUUCACGCUCGACGACUUCUCAACCUCGCUCGAGAACAAGGUGGCUGGGUUCUUCUUCAGAACUGUCACUUGGGUCUUGAGUUCAUGGAAGAACUUCUCGAGUUUACUCUCACCAACGAAAACCCCAACCCAACUUUCCGAGUCUGGAUUACUGUUGAGCCUCAUCCAAAGUUCUCUAUCACUCUCCUCCAGUCAUCGAUCAAGUUUACCAACGAGCCUCCUCAGGGUAUCCGAGCAGGUCUCAAGCGAACCUUCUCCGAGUACGAUCAGGACUACCUUGAUAUUAACAACCUCAAGGAAUGGAAACCGCUCAUCUAUGCCGUCGCCUUCCUCCACACCACUGUUCAAGAACGACGUAAGUUUGGUCCAAUUGGUUGGAACAUCCCUUACGAGUUCAACUCUUCCGAUCAGUCUGCUACCAUGCAGUUCAUCCAGAACCACUUGGACGAUCUCGACCCCAAGCGAGGUAUUCAGUGGGCUACUGUACGAUACAUGAUCGGUGAGGUACAAUAUGGUGGUCGAGUCACUGACGACUUCGAUAAGCGACUUCUCAAUACCUACGCUCUCGUCUGGUUCUCACAAAAGACUUUCGAGGACAGCUUCAACUUCUACAAGGGCUACAUUAUUCCCAAAUAUGCCUCUCACGACCAAGUCAUGGGCGCUAUCAAUGGAAUGAGUCCUAUUGAUUCUCCCGAAGCUUUCGGUCUCCAUCCAAAUGCUGAUAUCACCUACCAGACUCGAUCUGCUGGAGCCAUUCUCUCCACAAUCGUCGACAUUCAACCUAAGGAUGCUGGCGCUGGCGGCGGAGAAACUCGAGAAGAGAAGGUCUACCGAAUGGCCGAUGAAAUGUUGGCAAAGCUCCCCGCUGACUUUAUCCCUCAUGAAGUCAAGGCACGUUUGAAGAAGAUGGGCGAAUUCCAGUCGCUCAACAUUUUCCUCAAACAAGAAAUUGAUCGAAUGCAGCGUGUCAUUUCGCGAGUUCGAAUCACCCUCAUCGACUUGAAAUUGGCCAUCGAAGGUACAAUUAUUAUGUCCGAAAACUUGAAGGAUGCAUUGGACAAUAUGUUCGAUGCUCGUGUUCCCGCCCUCUGGAAGAAGAUCUCCUGGGAUGCUUCUACCCUUGGUUUCUGGUUCACCGAUCUUGUCGACAGAGAUGCUCAGUUCCGAUCUUGGUGCUUCGAUGGUCGACCUAAAUCUUUCUGGAUGACUGGUUUCUUCAACCCUCAAGGUUUCUUGACCGCCAUGCGACAGGAGGUCACUCGAAUGCACAAGGGCUGGGCUCUCGAUUCCGUCACCCUCGCCAACGAUGUAACCAAACACAACUACGAAGAUAUCAACGAGGGACCUAAGGAAGGUGUCUACGUCCACGGCUUGUUCUUGGAUGGCGCCAACUGGGAUCGAAAGAACAACUGUCUCGCCGAUCCUCUUCCAAAGGUCUUGAAUGUGGCCAUGCCCGUGAUCCAUGUGUACGCUAUCAACUCGACUGCGCCCAAGGAUCCCGCGCUCUACCAGUGUCCAACAUACAAGAAACCGCAGCGAACGGAUUUGACCUUCAUUUCGUCUCUGUACUUGAAGUCCAAGCAGCCACCAUCCAAGUGGGUCCUCCGAGGUGUUGCCCUUCUCUGCGAUAUCAAAUAA